UUUUUUCCACACUACACGAUCUAGCCAUUUUGGAAAAUCAUUAAAUUCGUUCACUCUGUUCCACGCUGUACGACGCCGUACACCUAAUCUAGAGAAAUUUGGUCUAAAACAAAUCUAAAAUCAAAAUGACAUACGGUGGAUCAAGUGGAGGAGGUGGAGGUUAUCGCAGUGGUGGAGGACGUAGUGGUGGCGGUGGCCAAAGAAGUGGCGGCUACGGAGGUGGUUCAUCAGGUGGUGGACGUUCCUUUGGUGGAGGCCGUGGCGGUGGUUCACGUUUUGGAGGUGGCGGUGGAGGCCGUGGUAAUAGCAAUGGUGGUGCCCUAGAAAAACCAAAUUGGGACAAUGAAAAUCUUCGUCCAUUUAAAAAAGAUUUUUAUGUACCACAUGCUAAAGUAACAAAUCGUAGUCCAAAAGAAGUUGAAGCAUAUCGUCGUGAAAAAACAAUGACAUUAAAAGGUGAUGAUAUACCAAAUCCAAUUCAACAUUUUGAGGAAGGUAAUUUUCCUGAUUAUGUUAUGAAAGGAUUAAAAAAACAAGGUUUCUCAGAACCAACAGCAAUUCAAGCACAAGGUUGGCCAAUUGCUAUGUCUGGUGGUAAUAUGGUUGGUAUUGCACAAACUGGAUCUGGUAAAACACUUGGUUAUAUUUUACCAGCAAUUGUUCAUAUUAAUAGUCAAACACCACUUGCACGUGGUGAUGGACCAAUUGCACUUGUUCUUGCACCAACAAGAGAACUUGCACAACAAAUACAAACUGUUGCUAAUGAUUUUGGUUCAAUAUCACGUGUACGUAAUACAUGUGUAUUUGGUGGUGCACCAAAAGGUGGACAAGCAAGAGAUUUAGAACGUGGUGUUGAAAUUGUUAUUGCAACACCUGGACGUCUUAUUGAUUUUCUUGAACGUGGUACAACAAAUUUACGUAGAUGUACAUAUUUGGUACUUGAUGAAGCUGAUCGUAUGUUGGACAUGGGUUUUGAGCCACAAAUUAGAAAAAUCAUUGAACAAAUUAGACCAGACAGACAAGUUCUCAUGUGGUCAGCAACAUGGCCAAAAGAAGUCAAAAAUCUUGCUGAAGAAUAUCUCAGGGAUUAUUCACAAUUGAACAUUGGAUCAUUGCAAUUAUCAGCCAAUCAUAAUAUUCUACAAAUUGUUGAUGUUUGUCAAGAGAGUGAAAAGGAAGAAAAGUUAGGAAAUUUACUUCAAGAAAUUGGUAAUCAAAACGAGGAUGGUGGUAAAACAAUUAUCUUUGUUGAAACCAAGAAGAAGGUUGAAAAUAUCACCAAAAAUAUACGUCGUUAUGGAUACCCAGCAGUUUGUAUGCAUGGUGAUAAAUCACAACAAGAACGUGAUUAUGUUCUUAGAGAAUUCAGAAAUAAAAAAGGCUCAAUACUUGUUGCCACAGAUGUAGCUGCUCGAGGUCUUGAUGUUGAUGAUGUUAAGUAUGUAAUCAAUUAUGAUUAUCCAUCAUCAUCUGAAGAUUAUAUACACAGAAUUGGUAGAACAGGACGUUCAUCAUCAACUGGUACAAGUUAUGCAUUUUUCACACCACAAAAUAGUAGACAAGCUAAAGAUCUUGUUAAUGUAUUGACUGAAGCUAAGCAAACUAUUAAUCCAAAACUUGCUGAGCUUGCACAAAGAGGUGGUGGUUAUGGAGGUGGCUACGGUGGAGGAAGAAGUCGUUGGGGAUAUGGUGGUGGUCGUGGAAGUGGUGGACGUGGUGGUAGCUCCUUUUCUGGUUCCCACAAAAGAUUUGACAAUAACAGAAGUUAUGGCAACGAUUAUUAAUCAUGCUAAUAAUUAUUAUUGUUAAUAACUAAAUAUUCGAUUUAAUUUAUCUAGGUGUUUAUGAUUUAAUCAACUGGUACAUUGUAAAAAAAAUUAUAAGUCAGUAUCUGGUUAAUCGUAAAUCAUAUAAUCUAAUUAUCUAUCAAAUUUUUUUUUAUAUUUAUCUUUGAAAGAGGAGGAAAGAAUAUUAAAUAAUUUUUUUUUUAAUUAACUUUUUUUCUGAUUAGCAAAGUUAGGUUAGGUAGCUCGUAAAUUUAAUAAGAAAAAUAUCGAUGAAUAUUAUUUACUCGAUGAAAAUAAUUAUUUCAAGGAUGAAAAGAACUUUUUUUUUUUCUUUUCAUCUACGUGACCUAUGACUUUUUUUUUUUCGAACCAGUAUUUAUUCCAGCUUUUGGAAUAGCCACUAUUAAUUUUUAUAAUAACUAUGUCUUAUCAGAUGAAAUUAAAAAUAAAUUUGUCACAUGAACUAAAAUA